AUGGCCGACCUCCGAUACAACCCCAAAAGGCAGAGUCGCCAGAGAAUGCUGGGCCGGACCUACCCAUGCCGGAUCUCUCGCUUUCUGGAUGCCCAUGGAAUCCCUAACGUGCUCUGGGGAGAGCUUGUGAUGAAUAUGUUUCUUAUUCCCGUCGUGCCAGACGGCAUCUACUUCGUCAUCCCCGAUGAACAUAUCGACAAAGCACGCGACCUCCUGGUGGCAGCCGGCUUUCCCCCCUGCCAGCUGGGGAAGUAUUGCGGCUUCGACUGGCCCAAGUCUUGCCAUGGAAUCCCCUACGCGCACUUCAAUAUCGUGGACCUCGGUCCCUUAGAUUACUACAAACCCGAGGAAUACGGCCCAAAUCCCCGCCAAUGGUACACGCUAGAACUCUACAAGAAGUCCGAGCUGCUGUGGGGAGCGCCCGAAAUCCCGCUCGGAAUACCCGAAGCAGAUGACCCAGACUACUGGACAGUCAAGGAUAAGCGUCUUCCAAAAGUCGCCAUUGAAUUCCAGCGAGGCCGCGUUGUCGAGGCGGACUAUCGAGUCAAGAUCCCCUCGCCAGCGCGCUACGCUGAGUCGCUGACCCUCCUGUUCUUCCGGGAUAAUCUCCCGGAAGAGACUUUCAGAGGGAGCUUCUGGGAUUUGCUGCUGCUGGACAUGCAGGUAGUGAUGGAUGAGCACCGCCUCUUCAAACUGGAGGACCUUCCGCCUCGUACUCGAAGCUGGUUUAAAAUUCUGACCGAAACCCCACGGGAAAGAACGCAUGGUGAUGCCGAGGAGAGGUUUGGGGCGGAGAUGAGGGAGGCGGGCGAGGUGCCCGAAAAAAGUCCCUGGCCGUCGCAAGUUACUAUGCCGCCUGGAUGGCGUGAAGAGCUUAAACAGUGGGACGAGGAGGAAGAGCAGAAGAGAAAGAAGAAGGAGGAGGAGGAGGAACAGUAG